AGGCAAAGCAGUUUUAGUGUUAGUCCUAGUUCAUACAGUUUGAAAUACCAGACCAAGAAAGAAAGAAAUUUAAAUUUCUUAGCCUGAGUGGCCACUAAUGUUUUCCCCUUCUCGCACUUGCAAGAUUUUUCGUAACUCCUCCUCUUCGAGAUCGAGUACCAUCUUGAGAUAUUUGACAUCAACCAUUUCGAGUCCUAGUGGUAGUCCUAGCUUUCGCCAUAGUUCGGCUUUCACCCUUUCAAAUCUGUUUGACCAUUACCAGAAACGAACAUUUAAUAGCAUUUUAUCGACUUCGUCGCAUUCGCAAGAAGUACAAGUAGAACCUAAAACAAAAAUGAAGCGCGCAUCGACUGGCAGCAAUGCUGCCAACGGGUCUGCUGCCAGCGGAAACGGUGGAAGUCAGCAUUCUGCCUCACCGGCAGCGAAGAAAGCGAAGGUUAGCGAAACCGGUUUGGCAGGUUCUUUGCCGGAAACGUUGAGUAUUCACGUUUUCACCCGAGACCUCCGAGUAGAGGACAACCACGCUUUGAGCGCAGCUGUGAAGAAGGGAAAUGGUGCUGUCAUUCCGAUUUUCGUUUUCACGCCGGAACAGACAAAAGAAAGCAGCUUCUUUUCAGCACACAGUUUCGCGUUUCUACUGGCUGCGUUGAAGGAUUUGCAGAAGUUAUGGUUUAUUUGAGAAGUAGCGGAAUGAUUUCACCUCCUAGUGAAAAAAGGAGUAAUAUCACUGAAUUUCUUUUGAGACGGACAAUCCCACUUAGUCUCAGUCAUCGUUAUGCAACACCAACAUCUAGCUCUAAGAGCAUCAACAGCCGAUUCCAAACCACUGUUGUUCUUCUACGGCAAGCACAGCGAUGUUUUACCAGCGAUCACGAAUGAAAUUGCGAAAGCGACCAGCGGAACGAAGCGCGUUUGUGUCUCCAUGGCCGAAGACUACACCCCCUAUGCGAAGGGGCGCGAAAACAGGACCAAGGAAACGUGUUCGACGUAUCGUCCGUCAACCGGUUCAGUACAAAUGGACUUUCUCUUAACGGAAGACCACAACGUCACAAAAGGCGGUCUUCAUCAUUUGCGAUCUGGUACCGGCACAAAGUACAGAGUCUUCACGCCAUUUUACAACGCAGCCAAGAAGUUGGAUGUCCAUCCACCGAUACAGGGAAAUGCGCUGAAACAAGCGACCUCCUCCAACUUCAACGACGCCUUAGCCGCUCUCUCUGCCAGGUUAUCAAGAUUGCCAUGUGCGUUUUCACUCGAACAAGCUGAGAAGGAAUUGCUCGUGCUUCCGAAACAGCUUUCCGACAGUUAUUCUCCACAACAACUAGUUUCGGUCUACAGUAGUCCAGAUGCGAAGCCAUUCACUGCUGCUACUUCUGCUAAUGCACUUCUGAAAUCUGGUACAGAUGUGCCAAAAAUUGGAGUCCUUCCCGCGCUCCGCUCAGUGGCCCUCCAGAGACUUAGACAGUACAAGUUCGACGACUAUCCCGGUAAUCGUGAUCGCGCUUCUGAACCCUGCACUUUGCUGUCGCCACACUUCAAGUUCGGACUUGUUUCAGCGAGGGAAGCCUUCGCCGAAAUCAAGAAGCGCAGAGACAUCAAGGAAGCCUGCAAAGAGUCCUUCUUGCGACAGAUGUACUGGCGAGAUUUCUACCAGUAUGUGACGUUGCAUCAUCCGUGGGUGCUGGCGGGGAUGAGGAAUACCUCUAUCAACUCUGGUACUGGUGGUACUGGUGCCACAACAACUGGUCCAGGAGGAAAGAAACUAGAAAACCAGAACUUCACUAUGGACUACACAGUCGACGACAUUGAGUGGAAAACGGAUGCAGCAGCCUUGCAGAGGUGGAAAACGGGAACGACUGGUGUGCCUCUUGUAGACUUAAGGCUCAACUUUCAGUGGUCCUUGGGGUUGGUCACUGUUGAAAUGGAAGAGGGCCUCCUUGAGAGAACAGGGGAAAUCGAAGGGAAAGGGGAGAGCCUUGGAGGGGGUCUCUUCCGUUCAGAGUCAGUGACCAAUGAAUGCUGAGCUUUAAUAGACGCAGGCAUGCGCGAGAUGAUGCAAACAGGAUUUAUGCACAAUAGAAGUCGAAUGGUGGUGGCGAUGUUCUUGACGAAAAAUUUGCUGCAGGUAACAAGUUGUACGUCUAUCUUGGUUUAUUACAGUUCUUGGUAGGUGGUCUGUGUAGUACUUAUGAAUCUAUGAAAGGAAAAAGUGCACUCACACUCAAGAACUUGGCUAGGAUUUAAGUAAGAAAGUAGCUUCUUUCUUGAGUGUGAGUGCGCUUUUUCUUUUCAUAGAGUCAGACUUUCUAUUACACGAUCCAGAUGAUAUCAUGUGGAACCGUCUCACAGCACCUAUGAAUGAUGAUUGAGUCCUUGAUUGUGAUCAUUGAUUUUGCUCACGCCACGACUGACCCUCAAGAACAUAAACCCUCAGGAUUGGCGUAUCGGCGAACGUUUUUUUGCACAAAAUCUUGUUGAUUAUGACCCAAUGUCGAACAACGGUGGUUGGCAGUGGUCUAGUUCCACAGGUGCAGACGGAUCCCCAUAUUUUCGAAUCAUGUUAUGAGACAACUCCCACUAGUUCCUGCAAUCGCACUUUCUUACAUCACACAGAUCUAACAACUAGUACGCGCUAGGAGUCAAUUCAUAUUGUAGUUUCUUCACUAAUAUCACACUACCAGAUAUUACAAUCAUAGCAUGACCACGAGCCUUCUCAGCAAACAGGCCUCCCGCCACAUUCUCUAAUCCUCAACGCCCAAAGUCAGCUAGCCAAAGUCGAUCCUUUGCUCACUUAUGUGCGGAAAUUCGUACCCGAGCUAGACGCAGUCGCGGAUCGCAAAGACGUGCUCAAAUGGGAGGAAAAGAAGAUACAUGAGAAAUACACAAAGGGGUCCGGUAGUAGCGCAGGAUCUUCUGGAGCAAAGCAAGGACCUUCAGUUGCGAAAAAAAUGGAACCUAAGACUAUUGAUUUGACGCAACUUGUUGGGAAAAAGAUGAAUACAGUUGCUCCUACUACAACUAGUAGUGGUACUGACAGCGUAGCACUAGCAAAUGGAAGCAGUAGUUCGUCCGUACCAACGUCAGCGAAUGGCAUAACCAAGACCGGUUUCAAAUAUUGUGCUCCUAUGGUGGAUUUGAAGAGUACUCGAGAAGCUGCCAUUGCCGCUUUCAAGAAGGCGGGGAGCAAGAAGGCGCAGGCGUCUUAGAAAAUUAGUGGAGUCACUGUUUCUAAUUCGAUUUAUCUCCAACGUUAGGUAAAAAACUCAGGAACAGAAAGCAAGAUGUAAGAUCCUCUUUGUGUGCAGAAUCAGGGUUUUACCACUUGUUUAAGUGCUCGUGCAGUUGAAGGCUUUCAACGGGGCGGAGCUACCCAUAAUUAGUUUGAUGUGUAAACCGAGGUUGGUGACACAUAAGUAUCAAGGACGACAAUGUCUGAACUCAGGCUAGGUGAACCUCACGGCAUUCUUAUCGCUUAUAGGAUUUAAGCCUACAUCCAUCAUUCUUUUUCGUCAAAACCCUACGCACAUGGUGAUGCUAGUCGUGAGGGCAUCGGGGGUGAAAAGCGAGUGUUCGAUUUUUAAAGAACAAUCCUAGGACUGAGCAAUGUUGUCAAUUUCCUUGAGACGACGCUAAAGAUUCUGAUUAUCACGACUUCCGCAUUUAGUAAUAUGAGACCGUCACAGCUGCUGUGUCUUCUUCAAUACUGAGAAACAGAAACAAGGAACACAGAGUUGAGACCUUUUCUUUGAUUUUGAAGCAUCCGCGGAGGUGAUGCCUUUCUUCAUUCUACAUGUACUAGACUGCUUUCUAUUGUGAUUGCGCACUGAGAACUGCCUACAGUACUGUGCACUGCUUGCCAUCAGAAACUAUAUCCGAAGAGCAUCGCGUUUCACAUCCUUGAGGAGUCUGCACAGAAAAUUCUUUAUGGUGCACCUUCAUCUGUAGUUUGACUUACUAACUUGCCUACCGACGAACACCUACACAUGGAUUAAUCAUUCACCUCAUCUCCCCACCGACUGCAGGAUGCGAGAACGCGAUUCUCAGUAUUGGAUUGAAAGUUGAGUACAGUAUCUGCAACGUAUUCUAUCCUUUUCCUUGGGUAAAAAUGUUAGAUCAGGUAAUAGUACUUAGUACUAGUACUACAACUACGUAGUGUAUCAGUAUCUGUAUGUGUAGCAAAUGAGUAGAUUAUUUGAUUUCGCCGGUGUGAUUUUCAUGAUUCAAAUCUUCUAGAAGAAGCAAGUACUAUGGGUAUCGACGUUGUCCGUUUGCGAUUUGUCGAGUACGAUUUUCAAUUUUACUUACAAGCAUAUGGAAGUGGCCUCUUGAAGAGGGACUGUGAUACCUUUACUUCCACUAGGUAUUCGACAUCGAAUUAUUGAAGAAAAGGAGAUUUCCAUACAAGGUUAUCGGCUUGAUAUUCGAUGAAACAAGAGUCAGAACAAGUACAAUUGGUACGUAGUUGUACAAGCACCAGCGGAAAAAACGACGAUCGAGCGCCGCGCCUGAAGGUUGUUUUCAAUCAUAGUACUACGCACCAGUGAAAUACCAUCAACGUGUAGGUGAUUUAGUUAAAUACUUAGUCUAAAGUUUUACGUGAUAUAGCUGUAGACGCCGAGGGACUAUUAAAUACCAAUAGUACGAGAGGAAGAAGAUGACUAGGGCUCGCGCGCGCCUCCGCAAAGAAGGGUGUUGAGUUUUGCUUUUUCUGCAGCAGAGGAUGGUUGAUUAUUUCUCCCCUCUUCAUAGGGA